GCGCACCGCGCCUGCGCGCGCAGCGGGCAAAGAUGGCGACCUCAGCCCGGCUCUCUGCCUAUUGUAAUGACUAAUUUUCUUCCAAAAUCAAAACAAAACUGAAACGAAUGCGUGGAAACAGUAAUAACAAGAGACGAUGUACGCGUUAUCUCUACUAGUGGCGGACGUGAACGAAUAAGUGAAGUGGAAAUCGGGUUUGAUCAUCUUACGUAGAUCUGUUGACACACCAGUGAGCACCAGUGAUGAUAAAUGGGUGUAAAUUUCUUGCCUUAUUUAAAAAAAUAAACUAAACAUAAUAACAAAGUCAUAUAUGUCUUGAAUCUACGUACAUAAACAGAUAAACAAAAUUGAAUUGGUCCGGGAUUGAAGGAGUUCUACUCCAAAGGCUUGCUGAAAAAGAGAUUUCUAUCAAUCACUUCGAAACUGGGAAUUAAUCGCAUUGGCGAAGCGAAAUGCACUUUAAAAGUUUCGCGUGAAAGCCAACAUGGACAAGAACGGAAAGAAAAAGAACCACACGAAUGGAAAAUACAAGAAGAACGGUAAAUCCGAAAGUUACUGCCGUGACGAAGAUAUUGACACAACAUGUUGCUUUUGCGUUAAGACUAAGAAGAACAAAAAGAAAGGUCUGGUGGCCGGACUUGUCACCAACUUGGGGAUAUUCGCGCUGUUGCUCGCCUACACACUGCUCGGGGCAUUCCUGUUCCUCGCCAUUGAAGGCAACGCAUCCAAAGUGCACCAGAAGACGUUAGCAACAACAUCGUACCAAGCGGCACAAAAUGAGAAGCCGGUUCCUUUGUCAAAAUUCAACGGUACGAUACUAUCGCAGGCGAGCGCAGAGUUGCGGUCACAGACGGUAGAGAGUAUAUGGGAGAUCACCGUGUCGCUGAACAUCCUGUAUAAGGAGAACUGGACGCGGCUGGCGUCGCAGGAGAUCGCAAGGUUCCAGGAGCGCCUGGUGGCUCGAGUGGCGGCGGACGUGUCGGCGCAGCACGGCGGCGCGCGCGCGCUCGAGUCAGCCCCCGCACUGGUCGCCGACGACUACGAGUGGACCUUCGCUAAAGCGUUCUUGUACUCGCUUACUGUGCUUACUACUAUAGGAUACGGCAGUGUUACACCUAAAACCGCACUUGGAAAGGCAGCAACCAUAGGAUAUGCUGUUAUCGGAAUCCCCCUUACACUUCUCUAUUUAUCCGUCGUUGGUGCUCUACUGUCGCGGCUUGCUAGGAGUGUCUUUAGCAGAGCGUUAUGCUGCUGUUUAUGUACAAAAUGUGGGUACUGCUGCUUAGAUGAACGCAUCAUUGCAAACAAAGAAAGGAAAGAGAAAGUUAAAAGACAAGAUGACUACCGAACACAGACGCUGCAUCUCCAAGAGCCAUACUACGUGCGGUCUCCAUCAGGCACCAUCAUCUCCGCGUCACAAGCACACAACGUUAGUUCCAAUUCAAUUAAAGACAAAAACCAAGGUUUAGGGUUCCUCAGAGACUGCGACUCACUAAGCUGCACAGACACAGACUCGAAAGUGUCUCUCCGGGGUCUCUCUAUUCUCGCUCCAGUGGGCCUCUGCCUCUGUGCAAUUUUCACUUACAUAUUUUUCGGCGCUAUCGUUCUGUACCAGCUUGAAGGCUGGAGCCCUAUCGACGGAGUGUACUUCUGCUUCAUGAGCCUCAGCACAAUAGGUUUCGGCCACUUGGCUCCCGGAGCCACCCAGAAGAACAACGCUUCGUCCGGGACCAUCUGGUUCUGUUCCGUGUACAUCAUGACCGGCCUGGCGCUCACUGCGAUGUGCUUCAACGUCCUCCACGACGAGAUCGUCCAUCGUCUGAAGCACCACGAGAAGCUGGCCAAGCUCAACGGUCAGACGGUCAUGACUCCAGAGUUCCUGCGCAGGUCUUGACGAGACGACAGCGGGAACCUGACUGAGGACAGUAUGAUCGCUUCGGAGGGGGAGACUUCUUUGCCCGAGAUGCUCCAUCACAUCUCGGGCAGGUAUGAGGGAGGUGCCAUUCGACGCUCCGUGUAUACAGUGAGAGAGGAAAAUGAACCGGAUAGAAUGACUACUAUGUAAAUUGAUUUUUAAACACGUUGAAAUUAUGUUUAGUAUUUCGUAAAUAAUGUUAGGUUAGUUUAUAUUGGGCGUUCCACGCCAAGUAUUUUAUGUGUUUUCAUUUAUUUUCUUGCAGGGUAUAUUUUUUUAUCUAUUCUUCUUGCACCAACACUUGUUAGGUCUCCUAUUUUAGGGGUGUGGGACGUCUUAUAUGAAUCUUUUAUGUUCUGUGUGCCAAAAUUAAAAAUUCAUUUCAAACACGAUAACUGCCUAUCUCUAGAUAUUUUUGGUAUCCCUGUACUAAUCGAAACAUUUACUUAUAAAUUACUGUAAAAUCCAAUUUACUUAUAAGUAUUUUUAGGACAACAAUAUUAGGAUUUUAAAAUCAGAUGAAUUGUAAAAAAAGCAUGACUGACCAUAUUUGUUAAUUAUUAGAUACUAGAGUACUACAUAAUGUUAAAGGUUCAGUAUAAGUUUUUUUGUAACUAUUUAGUAAUUUAAUCAUCUGGUAUUUUGUUUUCAGAUAAGAAAAUAAUAAAUGAUUGUAAGAGCCACCGUUUGUUUUGACCAUUAUAAAUGCAGGGGAUUUGUUAUAUAGCGCAAAUUUAAUAUGAAUCUACUAACUAAUGUUAUUAUGUAUCUUUAGGUAAGGUGAUGUUUUUAUAUUAAAUAAUACUUAUACGGAAAAUAAAUGGAAGUUUAUAUGAAGACAAAUGCACCGUUAUUACAAUUUAGCUUUACCAAAAUUUAAGUACCUAAUGUCCCAUGUUUUAACUUAUUUCUAUUUUUAAUCCAUUUUUGUAUUGAAAGCUGUAAAGUAAAUCAAGCUUGUAUCACCACAAUGGUCACAAUAACAGUGCAUUUGUCAACAGAGAAUCUUCCACCACUAUGUUUUAAAAGUAUUUAUCAAUAGCGUUUUUUAUUUUGUUUGGGGAAUAGUCGGUCGCACCGAGUGUGAAGUGAGCGCGUAGAGCGAAUGAGGAAGAAUAGAAUGUAAUAAUGACUAUUAGAAUAAUAAAACAUAAUAAAUAA